CAAGCAAUUAAAUAAAAUAAAAUCAACUAACCCACUACCACCAUACUACUACUUUUUAGCAUUUGCAUAUUAUUAUUUGUAAUAUCAUUAUUAUCUAAUUGUUGACAGAUUCAGACAGCAAUGGCGCUAUUUGACUUUCGCAGUUUCCCUUGUUUAGCCACUCCUCUGACCGAUCUAUUUCAUCUUCAUUCAUAGUUGCUUCUCGAUACAGAAUUUGUAACUUUUUAGGGUUUCUUUCGUUUCUUAAACCACACAACAGAUACACUUAUAUGUAUGCAAUGAUUAUAACGAGAAUUUGAAUCUGAAACCCAAGCCACUGUUUGUGAAAUUGAAUGUACAAAUAAAUAAAAUGGCUUGGGCGAACCCUUUUCAAGAAAUAGCCAAUUCGAAGCCACUGUUCUUGACGAUCUACGCCACUGUACUCAUCGGCAUCGUCUUCUCUUCUUUUUAUGUCUUCUCCGCCAUUUACUCUUCUCCCAAUUCACCCACGUGGUGGCUUCCCCCAUCUACUUCCCGUGUAGAUUCUCAAUACUUGAAUCAAGCAUCCAACUCUUCUCAAUUAAGAACAAUGGGUGUAGUGACAGCGCUUGCACCCCAUCCUCAAAGCAAAUUGAUGAAACCUAUUUGGGAAGCUCCCCCUCCUGGUUCAAAAAUGCCACAUCUGAAGACCUUUCAGUUGACAAAAGAACUGGUUCUUGAAAGGGUGAAAGACAAUGUUGUUAUAGUGACCUUUGGUAACUAUGCUUUUAUGGAUUUUAUCCUGACAUGGGUUAAGCACCUGACAGAUUUGGGUCUUGACAAUCUUCUUGUUGGUGCAAUGGAUACAAAACUUUUGGAGGCUUUGUAUUGGAAAGGGGUUCCAACUUUUGAUAUGGGUAGCCAUAUGAGCACAGUAGAUGUUGGAUGGGGCUCACCAACAUUUCACAAAAUGGGGAGAGAGAAAGUUAUUUUAAUAGAUGCAAUCCUGCCUUUUGGCUGUGAGCUUCUGAUGUGUGAUACUGACAUGGUUUGGUUGAAGAACCCCCUUCCAUAUCUUGCACGUUUUCCAGAGGCAGAUGUUCUUACUUCAACUGAUCAAGUUAUACCAACAGUUGUUGAUGACAGGUUGGACAUCUGGCAACAAGUUGGUGCUGCCUACAAUAUAGGAAUUUUCCACUGGCGCCCUACUGAUUCUGCAAAAAAGUUGGCAAAAGAAUGGAAAGAUAUGCUUCUAGCUGAUGAAAAGAUAUGGGAUCAGAAUGGCUUCAACGACCUCGUGCGCAGGCAGUUGGGACCAUCUGUUGUUGGGGAAAGUGGACUUGUACAUGCUUAUGAUGGAAACCUCAAGCUAGGACUGUUACCAGCUAGUAUAUUUUGUAGCGGCCAUACUUUCUUUGUCCAGGCCAUGUAUCAACAACUCCGAAUGGAGCCAUAUGCUGUGCACACCACUUUUCAAUAUGCUGGUACUGAAGGAAAGCGGCAUCGACUACGUGAAGCAAUGGUUUUCUAUGAUCCGCCAGAAUAUUAUGACUCACCAGGAGGUUUCUUGACAUUUAAACCGUCUAUUCCCAAGAGCUUGUUGCUAGAUGGGGACCAUAAUAUUAAAUCACACUUUUCUCUCAUUAAUUACCAAAUAAAACAAAUAAGGUCAGCGCUUGCAAUUGCUUCAGUGUUGAAUCGUACACUGGUUAUGCCUCCACUAUGGUGCAGGUUGGAUAGGUUGUGGUUUCCACAUCCUGGAAUUUUGGUGGGGUCUAUGACAAGACAACCUUUUCUCUGCCCUUUGGAUCAUGUGUUUGAGGUGAAUGUCAUGUUAAAAGAACUUCCUAUUGAGGAAUUUGGACCUGGGAUCAAUUUUAGGGAGUACUCUUUCUUUGACAAUCCAUCGGUGCCCAGAGAGGUAAAGGAUUCAUGGCUUGAUGUUCAACUUUGUCAAGAAGGAUCCCUGGAUUGUCAUGUAUCAAACAAUACAAAUUCACUGAGAGUACUAAAAUUUCCAAAACAGAGCAAAGAAGAAACGUUCAAAACAGUAUUCUCUUCAUUCAAGGAUGUCAAAGUCAUCCAAUUCUUAUCAAUGCACGAUGCGUUUUCAGGUUUUACUGACAAGACGAGGGACAAGAGAUUCAGGAAACGUGUGAGUCGUUAUGUAGGCAUAUGGUGUUGCGUGGAUGGUCACACUCCCGGCCACAUAUAUUAUGACAUGUAUUGGGAUGAGAAACCCGGUUGGAAACCUUUACCGCCCCAGACUCCUGCAGAUGACCAUCCACCGUGGUGAUGCCCAAUCUUGCCAUUAUAUGUCACUGCACCAGCAAAGUAGGGGGGGAAACACUGGAUAAUGCAAUUUCCAGAUCUGCCCCAGUACCUAACUUGUAUUGUUGAAACCAUGACAACUGUAUCCAUAUUUAUAGACAGGUGUAUUUUAUAUAUAUAUAUAUAUAUAUAUACUCUUUUGAAAUUUAUUGUGAGGCCAUUAGAAUAUAAUCUUUGAAAUAGGAAUAGGGUGUAGAGUUUUUUUGUACAUGACUACUGAAAAAUUUUGAUUUUUUUUAACUAUUCAGAAAUGCAAAUAAAACAAGAAGCUAACCUUUCUGUGUUGA